AUGCCCACAGAAUCUCAUUCCACUUCCUCAGGCAGAAGAAAGGACAGCAGCAGCUCGCCUCGAACUAAGAGACGUGGUCAUCAUGCCUCAUCCAACAACAUCGAACCAAUCCACCCUCAAGAUGACUUUUACUUAAAAUCUGCCGAGUUCAGACUAUGGCUGAAGGAAGAAAAGAACAAAUACAUCGAUCAGAUUGAUACUGAUAAAGCGCGAACAUAUUUUGCCAAAUUUGCUCGACAUUGGAACCGAGGGAAGCUUGAUUCGAUAUAUUAUGAGUUGCCCAUUCAUCUAAGGGCAUCUACCACCGCUAGUUCAUCACACACCUGGUCUUUUCAAGAACGUUCGACUCUAGAAAGGGAAAAGGCACAAAAUGCUCGACACGAAGCCGUAGCUGGGCCGCUCAAUCCAGCUCCAAUGAGCCAGAAGCCGUUGAUUGGCCCACCUCGUCCUCCUCAGAUGGUCCCCGCGUCGACUUCCACCGCUCGUGUUCAACAUCGCUCAGAAGAAGACGGCCAACAAUCUUCUUCAUCGUUACAAAGAAGAGCUGACGCUAAACGCAAAAGGAACGAUGAACGGGAGGAAGAACGUAGUAAUCGAGCCACAGGUAAAGAUAGAUUACUUGAGAAGAAGAGGGAGAAAAGGGAGGGAAACACAAACUACCAACGUGAACAAGAAGACAGGACAGCUGUUGAUCUCGACGAUCGAACCAUGUUUGGCACCGACUCUUCAUUCCAAGCUGCUGUUCGAGAGAGAGAUCGUGCUGCAGCCAGACGCAACAAAACAAAUUUUAAACAAGAGAAACAAAUGAUCCAAGACCAAAAGAUUGCUGUCAUGAGAUCGAAAGAGGAUGAUACAAUGGCAAUGCUAAGAGCCCUUGCAGACUCGAAGUUCAAGCCAUCGGCUUAA